UAAUUCAAUUAUCGGUACACGUUCAAUCACUAGGACGUUUACCUUAUUGAUUUUUUAACAACAGAAUAUUUUUCUCUGUGUAUACUUUUUAAAUCAUAUAUCAAAUUAUCAUCCUCAUCUUUUUCAAGAUGUGGAUUGAAUCAUCUUUGCAUGACUAACGGCUGAAUGAUGAACAGAUACGACAGACUUAUCUUUUCUUCCUUUUCUCUCCUUCGGCACGGUAUUUAAUGGCGAUAAGGCUUAAUUGCAUUUGCCGUCAAGUACCGACGAUGGGACGCGCAUUAUCGUUCAUGUAUUAUCUCUUUCGUGAAAAAUGCACAGGCCCAUGCUCGAUAAAACAGUAAUUCACACGGACACGAGUCCCCCAUAGUAUCACUAAAGGCUUUUCGUAGCGCGCUUCCUCUAACGAUCGUUUUACGUUUCCGAAUGCCAUUAGGGUAUUGCCGAUAACGUCUUUCGCUGUUUCCUGAUACCGUCCAUCCAUAAAGAUGGAUCCUCCUUCUCUCUCAUAGCGUGAUUAUAUUAUCGCAAGGAAAAAACCGUUGUUUACGUAAAUAGCAUAAAUGACUCACGUCACGUUGAAUAUUUAUGGUCCGGAAAAAGGAAUAUCACCGAGGAAAAUAUCAGUGCUAGAGUAUGCUUUAGGAAAUCCAACUUGUUCUCCCGGAGCUUUUUUUCCACGACCAAAGAAGAGGAAGUUUGUUUCAGCCGCGUUACAAUUUAUCUCUCUUCCGUCGCGUCAACACAAUCAGGGAAUCACGUGAGACGAAUAGUUGUGUUUCCUCUGAGCCGCAAACACACGUGCGUCACGUCGAGCGAGAGACAACGACGUGUAGGAUGCAAUACGGGAAAAUGAGAAACAACGCAGGUCCGCAAUCGCUCUCGACCUCGUUGCCGGAGAAGAAAUACCGAGUCCGUGCGAUACGCGAAAUACUUGAUAUCGUUCAAAGGUUAGCAUUUCCAUUCCCGCCGCCCUUCCUGUCCGCCCACCCCGUCUUCCAUCGUUUACGCGUUCUCUCCUCAGGCCGGCUUCUCGUCGUGAGUACACAAAAAGACAAGCGGGAAGACGAAGGUUGGAGAAGCGACCGGGACUGACGCUGCCUCCGCCGUCUCUUGGCCGAGAGCAGAGUGGUAGCCGCGGCGACGACCGUCGCACUAAAAACACGGAAAUAUUUUUACGGCGACGACGGCGUCGGAACUUUUGUUCCUGCUACGCUUCUUCUCUCAUCGUCGCACUCCUCUUUCUCUCUCUCUCUCUGUCUCUUUCUCUCUCACUCUCGCCCACCAGGCUGCCCUGCCCUUUCGCCGGUUUCUCCCACCUCGCGGUUUCGACCCUCGCGCCGUGCCCCCACCUUCGCCCUCUUCCCUCUCCCGCCGGGAACCACCCCACCACGGGCGUUCGCUCUCUCCCUCAUUCCCGUCAUAUCUCGCGUGCGAGCAGUAGACAUGAAUCGACGACGGACUCUCGAGCGUGUUUUCGUGCGAAUACGCGACUCCAGCGCGCCUUAUAUCUACGAUCUGCGAGAGGAGAGCCUCUUCUGCUCGUAAGGUUAAAAGCGUCGCUUCGCACUGCUGCGCGAUCGUUGGCGCCGCCGUCGCCGCCGCCGCCGCCGCCGCCGCCGCCGCCGCCACUGCCGACGCCGUGCUUCUUACAUUGUAACGCGACGGCUCGGUUGCCUUCAAGCGGCAGUUGCUUCCCGACGACUCGAACCGACGCUCGCGCUCUCUCAACAGCGGUGUGUGCGUGUGUUCUAUUACGUGCGUGUAGUGUAGUGACGAUCAUCCCAAAGGCGUCAGUCGCGUCGCGCCACGUCGUGUCGAUUCACAACAACGUAGCUAGCCGGUCACUCUUUCCCUUCCCCUCGACGGGAAAGCUGAGCGGCCGCUUCGUUCAUCCGCUUGGUAGCCGUUGAUUUACGCGAUAGUAGUGCGCGCCGAACCACGUGCUGUACGGUCCUGAAAGUAAUUAUUGCCUCUGUGUGUGUGUGUGUAUAUCUUCGUGUUUACGGGAGACCCGAGUCACGCGCGCAUCCACAACAGUAGACCGUGUUAGAGACACGAGCUCUCCGCGAAUGUGUUCUACACGGAUACACCGCGGGCUUGUCUUUGCCGUGCGGUUCUCGACUACGCUGCGGGACCGGCGAAGUGAGUAGAAAGUGAUUUCGGACUAUCGGCAUGGCAAGUAAUGUGGGACAUGCUGGCGGCAGUGCUCUACCAGUAAUUGUGUUAUCGACGCAUCGCCAUCGACGUUGGCCUGCAGUACUUUUAGCGGGAACGCUGCGCUGUAUCUACGACCCACGUGAUUACGGCGCGGCGUCGACAUUAUGAAGGACCGAAAACACCUUGUUCUCGAGGAGGGGCUGCUUUGAAGAAGAUACUUCGCGCUGCUGCCAAUCGAGGGUCUCGUGGAGCUGCUGAUCGUGCAGGCCUCUAAACGCUGUCGCGUCUUCGAGAAGAACAUCUCCAAGAGGCGUUUGAAGUAAUUGACCGAGCGACCGACUCUGCGCGUGGGCGGCAAGAGCGGCAGGAGAAGUGGAAGAGAGAGAGAGAGAGAGAAAGAGAGUUCAUCGGGGUCGAUCGUGUUCAAUUGUCGAUCAAUCAAAGCAGACGAAACGGCGAAAGUGGUAGUCGGGGAUAGGCACGUGGGGAUAAGAAUCGGGAGCGUUCAACGGGAGAAUCCAGCAGCCCGGUGUUCAAUGAGACAAGGAGAUGAGGAUGAGAAAGUCGCUGCUGAUCGUUCUGCUGUGCGUCUCGGUGGCGGGCCUGGCGCUCUGCCAGGAGAGACGGUGGCCGAAAACGACCACGAAACACCGGGAUAAAAGCGCCAAGGGCAAGUACGAGCCCGAUUACGCGGACAGGACGAGGGAGGAGGAGGAGGAGGAGGAGGAGAACUCCGAGGAGUUAUACUACGAUCGGGGUUCGCCAGCCGCCAACGACUUCUACUUGGAACUCCCAGACAAGCUGGCUUAUAGAAACAACAGGGCGAUCGAUAACUCCAGAUCCACGGAGGUCGGGUCCAAGAACAAUCAGCAGUCUAGUCAGUCGUCAAAUCUGCCCAAGUCGCACGCCAAGUCAAGCGAGGAGACGCGGGAGAAGGGAGAGACACUCAAGAACGUGACUACCGGGGAGGGUAUUUGCCAGAGUAUAGACGUCAGGAACAACGUGAAUCACUUUACGGUACUGAGGAACUGCCGCGUGAUCGAGGGCUUCCUACAGAUCGUGCUGAUCGAGAACAAUACCGAGGCGGACUUCGAGAACAUCAGCUUUCCGAAGCUGCGUGAGAUCACCGGCUAUCUGCUCCUGUAUCGCGUGGAUGGUCUCAAGAGUCUCAGCAAGCUCUUUCCGAACCUGGAAGUCAUCAGGGGCAACAUACUCCUCACGGACUACGCCUUCAUGAUAUACGAGUUGACGAGCUUGCAGGAGAUCGGCCUCAUCAAUCUGACAAAGAUCUCCCGGGGCGGCGUACGCAUCGAGAAGAAUCCCGCGCUCUGCUUCACGAACACCUUAAAUUGGAGUCUGAUUGUGCCGGCUGGCGAGAAUUUUAUCAAGGACAACAGAAACGAGCAGAAUUGCCCGCACACGAAAGGAUGCUCGCAGUGUCCCGGUGGUUAUUGCUGGACUGCCCAGCACUGUCAGAAGAUAGCGAGACCGAAAUGUCACCCGCAGUGCUUAGGGGAGUGUUACGGACCGACCGAGAGCGACUGUUACGUGUGCAAGCAUUAUCGGCACGAGGGGAAAUGCGUCGAGAACUGCCCGCCGAAUCUAUACGCAUAUCUCUCGAGACGAUGCAUCACGCAGGACGAAUGCCAGAAAAUGAAUCGUAUGAAAAGACUUCAUAAAACGGAUAGCAGCACUCACACGUGGCGACCUUUCAACGGUUCCUGCGUCACUCAGUGUCCGGAUGGGUUUGAGGAUGACACCGAUGAGAAAAAUGCGACAAUCUGCCGGAUGUGCAAAGGUCGGUGCCGUAAAAUCAGCAACGGUGCCAUCAUACGUCACAUCUCGGACGCCCAGAGCUUUCGCGGUAUCACGGUGGUGAGAGGACCUCUCGAGUUCCAAAUUAGAAACGGCAAUCCGAAUAUAAUGAACGAACUGGCGGACGCGUUCGGCCAGAUCGAGGAGAUCACCGCGUACUUGAAGGUGACGCACUCCUUUCCGAUCACGUCGCUGAACUUCUUCAAGAAGCUCAAGGUGAUCAAAGGCGACAACCUGGACAUCAACAACGGCAGUUUGGUGAUCUUGGACAAUCCAAAUCUCUCAGCGCUCUUCCCGCUGACGCAGAAAAUCAAGAUAGAAAACGGCAGGCUGUUCUUCCACUACAAUCCAAAGCUUUGUCUCUCAAAGAUCGAACAGCUUGGCAAAAUGGUGAACAUCACCAACUUCACAAAUCUCGAGGUGCAACCGGAGUCGAACGGCUACAAAGUCGCCUGCAACGUCGUCAACAUAAACAUCACGGUGAAGAACGAGGCCGCCGAUCAUGUGGUCCUCACUUGGGACAGCUACAAGGUGCAGGAGGGACAGAAGCUUCUCAGCUAUCUUCUGAGCUACAUAGAGACCGAGAACAAGAACAUCACGUAUGAGGGGACAGCCUGCGGUAAUAAUACGUGGCAGGUCGUCGAUGUCGAUAUACCGAGCUGGAAUUCAACCGUCUCGAAGCACAUUGCGAACUUGAAGCCAUACACCAAGUAUGCCGCGUACGUGAAGACGUUCACCGCGAGGAACGAGAAAGCGUUCGUCAGCCCGGUAGGACAGUCGGAGAUCAUCUUCUUCCGCACGAAGAGUGCGAUACCGUCGGUACCGACGAACGUGAUAUCCAAUGCGAUCAGCGACAACGAGAUCUUGCUGAAGUGGGGCCCGCCAAUCUAUACGAACGGCCCGAUCGGUUACUACAUGAUCUCCGGUGAAAUUCAGCUGGACGACGAAGAGCUGCUCGCGUCGCGUGACUAUUGCAACGACACGUUGGUGAACGAAGUCGAGGAGGAGGUGCAAGUGCAGGAAGAGGUGACGGUGAAGACACCGCCUCGGAAUCCCGCUUCCUGCUGCUCCAAGGACGCGAACACGAAGACCACGACCUCCUCCAAGCAUUUUGAAAUAUUCUGCCACGGCAAUAUGACCAUCAGUCACCUCUCGCCGGGCUGGAAGGAUUAUUGUGUGUUCAACAACUACAACUCCGAAAACAGAUUCUACGAGCUGACGAACAAUCUCUCGUUGACGCCGUUGCAAGAGAUGCGGAAAACAGAUUCUGCGAUUGUCUCGGGUAACAGUGUCGCGAUCAAUCAUCAAAACACCAAAGUGUUCGUGUACAAUGUCACCGCCCAGAACAAUUCGUACCUCUUGACUAAAUUACGCCAUUAUUCUCUGUACACCAUCACGAUCGCUGCGUGCGGUGUGAAGGUAGAUAACGUUCCGCUGUGCUCGUCCAUACAGUACACGAACACCAGGACAAAGAGACGACAUGAUGCGGAUGAUAUCAAAGACGUGAAGGUUCACGUGACCAAUGAAACGAUAGUCGAGGUGAUUUGGGAGUCGGUGAAGGAUCCGAACGCGUUCACCGCCUCGUACACCAUCGAAUACACGAAUCUGGAUGUGAAAGACGCCAAGAAAAGCACCGAGUGCAUACCAUACACGAUGGGCCGUCGCCAGGAGGGCAGAUACAACAGUCACUACAUCAGAAACCUCAGUCCGGGCAAGUACAGCUUGAGAAUGCGCUCGACGUCGUUAGCGGGUGACGGCACCUUCACCGCCGUGGUCGUUUUCUCCGUCGGCCUGUCGGACAACAAUCGGAUGUUGCUGACGACACUGCUAAUCGGCAGCAUACUGCUCAUCGGCUUGUUAACACUCUUCUUCUUCGUGAGAAAUCAACAGAAACGACGGAAGCAAGAGCGACUGAUCGCAAGCGUGAAUCCGGAUUAUAUCGAGACCAAAUACAUCGUCGACAGCUGGGAAGUGCCACGGGAGAACGUGGAGAUCUUGGAGGAGCUUGGUCUCGGCAAUUUUGGCAUGGUAUACCGCGGUUGUCUGAACGGCACGCAAGUGGCGAUCAAGACAAUCUCUGAGAGCGCCAGUCAACGGGAGAAGAAUGAAUUCUUGAACGAGGCCUCGGUGAUGAAGAACUUCUCGACGUUCCACAUAAUCAAGCUGUUAGGCGUCGUCUCCAUUGGUAACCCGCCGUUCGUCAUUAUGGAGUUGAUGGAGAAGGGUGACCUGAAGACAUAUCUGCGGGGCAUACGCGACUCGGAAAUGGUGCCGAAUGCGUCACGGAUAAUGCGCAUGGCAGCGGAAAUCGCUGACGGUAUGGCUUAUCUGGAAUCGAAGAAGUUUGUGCAUCGCGAUCUCGCAGCGCGCAACUGCAUGGUCUCCAAGGAUCUCGUAUGCAAGAUCGGCGACUUCGGCAUGGCAAGGGACAUCUACGAGACCGAUUACUACAAGAUCGGCAAGAAGGGUCUGCUGCCUAUCCGGUGGAUGGCGCCGGAGAACCUCUCCGACGGUGUGUUCACGUCCGACUCGGAUGUGUGGUCGUUCGGCGUGGUGCUCUACGAAAUACUCACCCUCGCCGAGAUCCCAUACCAGGGCUUCUCAAACGAGGAGGUGCUGAACUACGUGCUGCACAAGGGCGUGCUGAACGUACCGCGCAACUGUCCCGAGAACAUACAGAAGAUCAUGGAGAAGUGCUUCAAGUGGCGGCCGAGCGAUCGGCCGACUUUCAUGGAGAUCGUCUCCGAGCUGGAGCCGUUCCUCGGCCAGGACUUUUGCGAGAAGUCCUUCUAUCAUUCGGACGAGGGUAUCGAGAUACGCAGCCUCGGGAUAAAGAAGGUCUACCAUCACGCCGCGCCGAUACGAUUUCACUGGGGCAACGAAACCGCCCGCUGGGUUAAGGACUUUGAGGACAACGUCACGUUGCUCGACCAGAUGAAGGCCGGUACCAGUCGCGGGCGGAUCUUCAAGAACGGCUUCCAGCACUUUGGUAACGUACCAAACUUAGAAGACGUUCCGCUCGAUCGAUGAGAUUAGUUAGUGCAUUAUUGAGCGCGAGAGAAGCUCCUCUUAAGCUUUUAUUCGUGCUACGCCUGCGAGAGAGAGAGAGAGAGAGAGAGAGAGAGAGAGAGAGAGAGAGAGAGAGAGAAAGAAAGCCCUCUUUGGUCACAAACUCCGCGGAAGGACCUGUAGAUAUUAAAUGUGUACAAACAAUACUCAGGGCAAUUAAGCGAGUGGUCCGACGAAACCGUUGGACGCAGGUUACGUGAGAGAGAGAGAUGAUGUUACCAAGUCGCCCGCUCGCUCGCUCGCUCAUUCAUUCAUUCAUUCGUUCGUUCGUUCGUUCGUUCGUUCAUUUAUUUGCUCGCUCGUUUGCCGGCACGCGCUCACGUGUGCUUUUUUCUUGUCCUUCUAUCUCGUCGCGGACCAAACGUAACCAGACCUCGAUGACGGAGAACGAUGCCGGGGUGAGACCGACACCGCGCGCGCGCGACCUCGUCGCCGGCGCGAACGGGAAAGAGAUGAACAAUGGUAUUCGCAAACGGAACCUAAACCAUCGGAAAACAAUUAGACACGUCUAUAGUGUUCCCACUCUCAAGCGAAAGAAGCCCCGCCGCUUCUUCAGUCUGUAUCGAUAGUCGUUACCUGCAACUUGCCUCGAGUGAGAUAUGAAUUUAAAGUUAAACGUGAGUUUUUCAGCAGAACUGCGAUUGCUUGCGUCGUGCAAGCACAGAAGAAGAUCGCCAAAACUGAUGUCUAAUUAUCGUUAAAUAUUUUAUACAGCACACAAUUAUUGUGCACUGAUUACUAUAAAACUAUUAUUUGCUCUUGCUUUGCACUUGAAACAGUCGUAUUCAAUUCCGUUACAAUUUUGCGAUUGCAGACAUUUCAUCACGCAAUUGUAAAACUCAGAUUCUGUUUGUAAAUUUCACCAAGGAUCUCACUUGAGGCGAGUUUCAAGCAAUAAUUGUUAUCACGAACCACAGACUCGUGUUUCUUUCCUUCGAACGCCGCGCCCAGGGCUCUCUCGAGCCCUUCUGCCAUGCGAACGUUCGCCGACUAUCCAUUCCUUCCGAGGGUUACUUUCUCCGCUGUCCUCUGUACGGGCAUACUUUUAUCUCUAAGCAGCUGUUCCCGGGCGCUGUUACGACGAUGUGCCUCAGCGAAGCCGCCGAGGCCUCGCGACAAUGGCUUUCCCUCGCUUUACGAUGCGUCGGAGCAGCACCUGAUUUUUUUCUCAUUGAAAUUGCGCGAGCUCGCGACCUCCUCCGCUGCAUCGCCGCGUCUCCUCAGUUGUCUCAGGUCCGUGGAAUGCUGCUUCGGGACCGACUCUCAAGGCGCACAGCCGCAGAACGAUUUCUACAAACCAGAGUUCCUUGUCGCGUCGCGCGUCUGCAACGCGCGCGCGAGACGCCGCAGCGUAAUCUCAAGGUUGUACAUAGUUACUCGAAAUAACGCCGGUCAUUUACACGUAAGAUAAUAGUUGAUAGAACUGGAUGCAAUAUUACCGCGUACAUACAAACACAUACAUAAACACACAGUCCUGUGUAAUCACCGAUAAUUUAUCGAGAGUUUGAGGAAAGAAAGAAAAGACAGAUAGACACACUUCGCCCUCGCAUGUAAAUAAUGAAGUCACAAGUCUCUUCCUCGCGCGGAUACCUCCUAGGUAGUAAUUGCAAUAAGCGUGUCUACAAUCCACGAUCCACGUCUCUACCGAUAGAAUUAGCGUGAUGGGUAGAUAGAUAGGGUAGGUAGUAGGUAGAUAGGUAGGUAGGUAGGCGGGUGAGAUUACGGCGGGUGCGUGAAUUAGGGGGCCCGGCCGGGUCACGUUUAGGUUUACUAUUGCACGUCACGGAAUUCGAUUCUAACGUUCAGCCUCGGAUUUUGCAGAUGCGGAAUUGGACGACAGUAAACAAUCGGUAGGUAGUGUGACAAGACAAAGUAGCUAAUUAAUGAGACGCAAUAUGUAUAUUAUGAUCGAGAUCCCUGGAGCGAGUCUCGCAACGCGUCGAGAGACGUUUUCACUUGCACUCGCGACAACGAAACGUAUAACUUGCAUCGGUUCCACUCAAAUCCUGAUAACGAUCCUUCGACGAUACCGAUUUGUUCGUGUAAACAAUUCGUGCAUCCUUCUCUCGUACUGUUCUCCGUCGUGGUUACGUGACAGAAAAAUUUGUCGCGAUCGAUAUUCGCGAAGAAGCCGGCGAUAUAUUUGUAUUUGCAUCGCGUGGAGCCGUAAGAAGAAUCCUUUUCCCGGUCGCAACGCAAACACCGUCUUCGAGAAGCUCUCGAGACUCGUUCCAGUCCCCGACAGGAUGUUUUCGAGCCUCUGCUGAGGCUUCAGAGAUUACGUGUCACCUGUACAGGAGACAACCGAGAAGUGCUUACGACGAAAGAAAGGAAGAAAGUGUAACAGCGAAUUUUUUACGAUAUAUCCUACCCGCGUUGCGGGAUUAUUGUAUCAUACGAAAGUUUAUCAAACGUGCGUUUUGUUCUGUCGGGAAAGUUUGGGGCAACGCGAAUAUAGAUUUCCCGGAUCGAGUGCGGGUCGUUUUUCCGACUGCUUCGCGGUCCCAUCGUCCUACCGGACGCAGUAAUGAACCGUGAGACCAGCUGCACAGUAAUUAGUGAUCACGGCCGGCUUAAUUGCGUCACGUCCCAUCGAAGCGACUCGAGUCCUUCCUGGACUCUGGAAAUUCCGGAAAUACGGCUUCCGCGAGCAAGCACGGGGAAUCUCCGCGACUCGACUCGAUCUCGCACGCGGGAAAAAAGAAAUAAAGAACAAUAUCAGCUGAAUCUCUUUGUCCGUGUGCGACAAUCAGCGCGGCUCGUAGAAGGACACGACCUAUGUAGAAACAAAAGCGCGCAUGUAAUAUAUGUAACAUAGAGUACGAUUUUAGCUCUUCUCGUAGCUCUUCUUCGCUUGUUCAGCACUCUGAUUCUUCGGCGUAUACUAUUAUCGAAAACAAAGCAAACACGUAUGUGUAACGAGCGUUUCUAUGUCAGUAGGCAAGUUGAGGGUUGGAAAAUGUGCAUACAGGGAAGGGCCGCGUAUUCUUCUCCUAUUUUACAAAGUUCGAGGUGCACGUUCAUAACCCGGCAUAAACGGUGUAUGUGUACUUGGCGAGUGUAUAAAUAUUGCUUAUAAUCCGGCACGUGUGUGUGUAUGUGUGUGUAACUUUUCGUAAAGAUAAGAUUAUUUAUACGACUAUGCUUUACGAGACAAUUAAUUGAUACAAUUCGAUUAACAUAUUCAGUAUCGCGGAUAUCAUCUCGCGACAAAUCUCAUUGAGGCAAAAAUCGCCGUACAUUUCCAACGACCAGUGUAUCGAGUUAGAUAUUUCUCGAUACUUCUCGGACGAUACGGUUAAUUGAACAACACCGCGUGAUGUCGCGCAGUCGGGCGUAAUUUUAUUCGCGAAUGUGCGGCAAGCUUCUUGCCGCGAUUGAAAAUUGCAUUAAUAUUCCCGCGGCCGUUUUAUUUGCACGCUCACCAUUUGCAUUUGUACACCGAGUACUACCAUGUACAUACAUUUGCACACACCCGUUCGUGUAUAUAUUUUCUGGUGCGCCGCAAUUUCGCCGGCGCUCGUUGAUGGACGAGAAAGGGCGAGGAAGAAGGGGAGGUGGAAGCUGCGCUGGUCGACCACGCGAGCGUUCAUUACAAUACGAUUAGCAAUACAAUUAGCAUUCUCGCUACGAUAAUUUUUACCAUUACGAUCAUAGCAGAUAACGGUAAUAACGGCUUGAUGACGGGGUCUUGAAAGAGAGGGGCUCGCUUAGAGUGUAAGUUAGCCGAGACACGCGUUUCAACGCAUGUAUCGAGAUUCUGUCUCAAUUUCUUCACAGUCGCACCACCCAGACGACGGUACGGCGCGUUUCGAGCAUCCUUUAGGUAACGAUAACAAUCGCUCGCUAGUGUCCCGAUGUAAGGCAAUUAUUUAUGCGUAUUUAUGUAACAUACACGCACCGGGCGCGAUGAAGGAGAAUCGCGGACGCGAAGUGGAAGCGACGAUCGCGUUAAAGCGAAGUCCAAGACGAUCGCCUUAGGCAGAGACAUGAAGUUUUGAGAAGAACAGGAGAAGGAAACAAGAAAACUGUCCUGAGAUAUUGUUUCCCGAUGAGAGAUCGCUCCGUUUUCGAUUGCGGCGCGACUUCUCGUGCAUGUACGCCGAGAGCUACUUUAAACACUUAAGUAAUGUUAAUUUUAACAGUGUGUGUGGCGCAUAUCGAGAAGGAAAAGCGGCUGAAAACGAGUAGAAUUGACGUCCCAACGAUCCUCACCCUGUCCAUCGCAAGAAAUUACGCGGCGAUGCUCUUGAGAUAUCUUGGAGCGAAAUUCCAGUGGAGCGAGCACCGAGCUCCACUCGAAUCCGAGUGAUUCUUCACUCAUACAGAGCGAGUUCUCUCGAGUCGCGGAGUAUCUUCACGCGAAAUUGAAGAGCGAAUCUAACGGCACUCCGUCGUAAGAACAGUCUCGCUCUAAUUGAUUGGAACAUUCGCUCACACGCAGUUGAAAAGCAUCCUAAGCUUGCAGAGAAAGCUGAACGUUCAGCAGAAAAGCUGAACUAUUGCAAAAUUCGUUAAUGUGAUUGGCGUGCACUCUUAAUCUUGAUUGAAUCUAAGAGCAUAUAUCAAUCAAAUUCGCGAGUUUUACGAAGUAGUUGCAAAGCGGGGUCUCCUCUGCUGAGCGCAGUCACAGGCACUCUCGAGUGGCAGUGUUUUCACGAUCGCUUCGACCGAGAGCACCAGAUCUGUUCGUUCUCGAAGAACUUCCGAACUAGCGUAUUAAGUUAAGGUGAAGGGAGAUGUACUUGUUUCAUUCUGAAGUGCAGAAGUUGUUCGAACAGACCUGUUGCCAGCCACCGUUCACUCGUCCCGAUUGAGACAUUCCACUCCGAGAAAUUUCGCAAGAAAGAGAGAGAAAGAGGGUACGUGGCUGAAAUUGCCCAGGCAGAUCGUUGAAUCGAUCGACAACUUGUCACAGUGAUCGCGUAAUUGGUCGAUUGCCGACAUCAACGGGGACGAGUCUCGUUCAUCCGAGCCGACGUUUCGUCGAUUCCGCCGCUCCGUUUUUCUCUUCUCUUUGUGUGUAUGCGCCACGCACGUAAUACAAUCCUGCCGCUGUAAGAGUAAUAUAUGACGUAUGUACGUUUAAGUAUUUAUUCCUACUAGAGAUUAUAUUUUACUAUUGCGCGCGCGCGCGCUUUCAACAUAAGGAGAUGAUUAAUGCACUUUUGCCGCGAGGAAGCGCGCCGUACCGCCUCACAUACAGUAUCGUCUGCUUAUCCCCUUUACCCCUCCCGCGUGAAGCUCCCGCUCUAUGAAUACAUAAUUAUCAGGGUCUUAGAAAUAGGAUAAUAUCACUGGCAUCGUGUUCCUGUCCCCUUUUAUCGCGAGAAAAGGGAAGAAUGAAGGAAAAGCGAGAUUCGAUAAUGAGCAUUCUCUCCUCGACGUCACGAUGUCUUUUGGUGCACGCGAUCGUAUCGAGCCUCCUCCUUAGAUUCGCCGAGGAAUAAAGCGAGUCCCUAGCUUGCACUGGGACUGCCGAGAAGAGAAGAGGAGAGGAGAGAUUUCCAUUGUCGGACGUUUUCCGCCAACUGGCUCUCUCUCUAGGAGAGGACGCCGCGCGUGAGUCACAAGGGAAAUACUAUUAAUUCGUCGCGCGGCGGCCUUGAUCAGAGAAGUGAUCGCGGUUCCUCUUGUUGAGCAGCCUUGUGUCGGAUUGUGCGAUGAGUAAUCGUGGAUUCCUAUCCGACAUGAGAUGGAACGAUUGCAUCUCUAUGCGAUUGUACAAUUGCGCGAAACAAUACGCGCAAUAAGCUUUUAUGACAACGCAAAAGAGUACAAUCGCCUCAUUUCAUCAGGAAGGUUCGAAGUUACUCGCUGCACAACUUAUGAACCCCUCCCUCAAGGAUGCAUUUCUCAGCAGUUUCGUUUUAUAAGUAUGCAUUUGCAUUUACAUCGACGGUGUCGAGGGAGAGAGAAGGGGGGGGGGAGAGAGAGAGAGAGAGAGAGCAAAAAGAAGAAGGGAUCGCAAUGAUCUUCUCGAUCGGCGAGAUCCAAGGGCUCCGCGACACGUUGGGGAUCGUCACUCGCGGAUUUGUUCCUUCGUAUCAUCUCGGGACGUUGCGUCGGGCUUUUGCCGCUUCGUGUUGCAAAGUUGCAGCGGCACAGCGCGCCUCGAUCGAUCGAUCAUGCCCCGAAUUUACGAAGGCCGGGUCCGCCUGUCCGCGACGCAUCGAAUAAAAAGGAAAGAAAGAGAGGCAGAAAGAAGAAACAAGGAUCUAACGGGGCUGGACCGGGACGAGAGGGAGAGAAUGGGAAUGUCGAUCGCGGCGUUCGAUAUGAUUCAUCGCGUCGUGUCCCGCGUCGAGGCGAUCGAUCGACAACGUUUUCUCAAGGAUUCGCGUCGAGUCAGAGAGCGCACCUCACCAGCACGCUCGUUACGUCCCUCCGUUUUGUGCCUAUGGUUUGUGCCUCGGAGAGGAGGCGGACAGACCGAUCCUUCGCGCCUAGUCAGUCUCGUAGAGAAUGCGAUUAAUCACACUCUGCAAAUGCGUCACCCCCGAUUCUUUUCUCUUUCUUCUCUUCUUUUCUAUUCCUUCUUAUUUCCGACAGCCGCGCUCGAGCUUCGAAUAAACGAGCAAGGUCGCGAAUUAUCACCGCGUUCUCGUGAUCGGCGGAUCGAUUGACAAAGCAUAACCGCCAAAUGAGAGACUGAGAAUUUACUUCCUCUCUCUCUCUCCCUCUCUCUCUCUCUCUCACUCUCUCUCCGUGCUCGUGCUGUACACCUGCCGUGUUUCUUCUUCUUUUCCUCGUCUACUCUCUUGGAAUAAUUCUCCUCAUGGCCGUUGCCAUCCUCGUGCCGGACGAAUCCGCGUUCGUCCAGGCACGCCCGUGAAACCGUGUCGCCGCGAUAGCAUGUAAAAUUAUUCGACCGACUAGUCGAAGUCUAGUAAUAGAGCGCGAACUAUUUAUUCUAGCGGGGACCCUCUCGUUUGACCGGUUGAAACCAAAUAUCAAGAAUCGCAAUCGCAAGCAAUCGCAUGCCACAAUCGUAUCGCCGCAUUUUAUUCUUGUACGUGACGAAAGGAAAAUGUGUAAAUAAAUCAUCUCGAUUCUCGCACACCACGACGGCGGAAUCCGCGUGUCCAAUCUAACGGCGCGUCGAAAAACAAAACGCGCUCUCCGUGACUCGCUUUAAUAUUUAUUGAACUGUUUCUCGAUGUCUGACACGUGAACGUAGGAAAUCAUAGCGGUAUCAUUGUGGCGCCUAUAUACAUACAUACAUACAUACAUAUAUAUAUAUAUAUAUAAAUAUAUUUUCUACGAUAAUGUAAUAAAAGCAAGAGAAAAGAAUAUGCACGAAUAUCCGAGCUCUCCUUGUUAUUAUCGCGUAUCCACAUUGCACAUUGUACAUACCGACGAUAAGGAUAUUUAGGGAAAUAGAUGAUUUAUUGAACAGCUGAGUGGUCGAUGCGCAUUUGUAGACCGAAGAAAAACAUAUUUGGUCGAAUUAAUCAAACGUUUGAUGAACUAUGAACGAAACAGAAUUCCGGAUGAAGUCACCAGAAUUCUUUGUUCAGGUCAAACAAGACUCUGAUUGAGGAACAAAUAAAAUUUCUGGUCAACCAGAACCCGUUUCAAGCCGAAGAAGUCCUGUUUAGUUAGCCAGAAUCUUGUUAACUCGAACAGAAUUCUGAUGACUUCAACCGGAACUUCCGGUCCGUUCAUAUUGCACCAGACAUUCGAUUAACCUAACCAUUUUUUCUUCGUAUGAGAGGCAAAAGUACCAAUACUGGGCUCGUAUCUAACUCUGGACGUUCUUACUGUUUUGGUCCUUGAGUGCGAAUUUUCCAACUUUCAACGUAGGAUAUACAUAUUCUAUAUUAAAGAUUCAAACUUUCGUAUUUAAAAACUAUAAGAAUGUCCAGUUAGACAGAAAAGACGAGUUUGGUCAGGUGGCUGAACAAAUUUCUGCAUGAAAUACGCGAACGAUUCCGCGAAGUGCCGAUUGAAGUUAUAAGAAUUCAUCAAGAUUUCUAAUUAACUCAAGCAGAAGUCUGGUAAUUCCAGUCGGAAUUUCUGAAUCGUUUCAGCGGAAAUUGAUACACUCGAGCUUCUUCUUCAGCCUAGAUACGUGUCCAGGCAUUGGCAUUUUGAUUCUGCAUGCUACACAAGGCGGAAAAUCGCGCUUUUCGUGUGCGCGUAUCGAAGACACGACGGCGGGAGAGAUCCGAGGAGAACAAGAGAAGAGCAAUCGGCGGGCACAUUUUCCCUGUACUCUCGUUGAUUCGUUCCUUCCUGGAUGUAUGAUAGUGCCGUGGUCGGAAGAAGGCGUGCGCGUUCGACCGCACGGUCGAAUCUAUUUGUUCACGAUUCAAUAGCGUUUCGACGGAAAGGGAGCUCUUCACGAUUAGAGAAUUAAUUUAUUAUCACUCCCAAUCGACUACUGGUGUCUCUCGGGAGAGACGCGGAGAUAGAUAGAAAGAGAGAGAGAGAGAGAGAGAGAGAGAGAGAGAGAGAGAGAGGUCCAAUCAGGAUUAACAUUAAUUAAUAUAUAUGUAUAUUAACAGUGCAAGCGCGUACGCGCACUGUAUUUGACGUACACUAUUAUUGUAAACCUAUUCGUAAGCUUCUUGCGUAAGCACCUAAUCUGUGUAACCGCAGCGCGAUGUUAUCUUUAAGUAUAAGGCGGGAAGAGCGCCCCUCCUUUUUCACCCGUAAGAUGGUAAUUUAAGAGAUAUUUAUUGAUUGAUUGGUUGAGAGAGAAAGAGAGAUUCUUCACGACGUCCAGGACGUGUCAUCCCUGUUACCGCGCCACGUGUCGCCUGCAUAGCACUUGGAGAUCGGUUAGUUGGUUGUCCGCGUAUGUUAAUUAAGCGCGCGUAGUAUUUAAAACGAUAGUUUAAGCCGGGCGCUAUUAAUUGCGGCGAAUUGCGUGACGUUGACGCCGCUCUCAGCGGGCCUGUCUGAUUUCUUCAUUAUUCCCGAGAUCAUCCUGCAAACACGAAUGCAAACGUCGCCAUGACGAUGAGCAUGAGACGUACACCCAAGGCUGCGCGCUCCCCGACACAUAUUGUACAAGAAAGAGCCGACUAAUUUAUGUAUAUUUCUCCAUCAUCGUCGCACUCGGCGACGAGUUUCGUUCCGAAUUUUCCUCGUCAUGGCAAACCACACUGAAUACACGGCUCUCCGGAAUCGAGGCGAGCCUCGUUCGCCCCGGUGAGCCUCCAACAGACUGACCAACAAAAUCCAGCCUAGAGCGACGAUAAAGUCGCGCUUAGACCGACCAAUAAAGUCAAGACUAGACUGACUGAUACAACCCUAGACUGGAUCGACCAGAGGAUCGCGACCGCCGGUUCCGGGGAGUCCGACUACAGCACACCGAGAAAAGGAUACUCGCGAAUUUACUUUGCGGGAUAGUUCCGUCUCGCGCGGAAGCAAACUUCGCAGAAAUAAAACUUCACCUUACGGAAACGGACCUUUUGUAUCCCACAGAUAAAUUUUUCAGUAUUUUGUUUCUCAGUGUGGUGUCUCGAUCCGCCGUUUCGCUUGCGGUAUCAACUAGACAGCGAAGUAGACAACACCACGUGCACAGCGAGCGGAUCGUCCGUUGACACGUGCACGGAGAACUCCAGUGGACUGAUAUCGAAGACUUUAACUACUUUAAAAUUAGUCAUCGCCGCGUAUUUCCGACGGCUUUUUUCCCUUCUUUAUUACUUCUUAGCGCUGGUCGAAUCCCCCUCGCUCAGGCAGGACGCGUGACGCACGAUGUGGAGACGACGACAGGGUCUUGAAUCGAACUCUAAUACGUGUUAGGCAGCACAUAGAUCACUCGAUUCUUCGACCCGUAAUACAUUCUGUUAUUUUCACCUCCCGCCUUUCACCGGCGAGGAACUGUCAGACAAUCGCGCGUUUUGGAAUCUUCUAUUAACGCAUAGGGGAAACAGUUGAAUUAACGUGACAAUGACACAAGUGAACACGUUUUGGUUGAGGAAAAUAGAAUACCUCCCACACAAUACAUCUAAAAUAAAAUCGGGACAUGAGACGUCUUGAAAGUGUCUUAGAGAUGUCUUAUACUCCGACGUCCGAGAGACGUCUUAUGUCCUGAUUUUAAACAUUUGUAUUGUGGGUUGGCUCUUGCGAAGUGAAUUCGUUUCGCCAGAAAUUCCGUUGUCUGCGGCUAAGGCGCAGUUCUGUUGUGUCACUGACACGUUAAUUCAGCUAGUUUUCUUUCUUCGUGUGCAACAUACGCGAUAAACCUACAAUGAUUUUCGUGAUUCACAUUUGGAGCAAAAUUGACAGGAAUUUGAUUCCCGAUGCUUCUGCGUUGGAGACACUUUCCGUUCUGAGCCAACUUAAAUUCCAGACCAAACAUUUUUCUCAGAAAGACAAUCGAGUGUAAAAUCAUAGAGAGCAAGAGAAGUGCAUUGCACAUUUCAAUUUUCGUCGGCCGCAAAAGUUGUAGGGAAUCUCGGGAAAUCGGAACAACAUUAAUUCGCGAGUCGUCGGGAUGACGGUCGAACCCGUCGCUCCGUAAAACGAGAUGCGAAUUCGCCGCGGGCUAACCGUUCUAUUCAACGUCACGCUCCUUGUCCGCUAACGAAAUUGUUGCAUGCAGAGCGCCAAUUCUUAGACUUCAAUACUUCACGAUGUAUACGCACGUUAGUAGUUCUUUCAUAGGAUGUACGCGGCGGUGGCUUUAGGUAAUUUCGCGGGGGAUAUCGAUUUUACGUAGGAUUAAGUUCGUCUCCGUUCGAGAAUGAAAGAGACGACGCGAUGGUGAAUGGAUCGUAUCGUGCACUUCGAUAAAAUCGUUUCUCGCCAAUUAGAUCGUCUCCGAUCGACCGAAUUUUGCAAAGAGUCCGUUUCACGAUCGUCCUUCUCGCCGAUACACUAUUCUUCUUACACAGAUAUGCAUGAUAUUAAUAGAAGAAUAUCAAGAUAUUAUUUGGAAACUAUUAAAUGUUUGAGACGCCGAGAGAGGGAUAUUGAAAAUCGUGUUUUUUUUUUUGCGCGCUGCAGUCUUUUUGGUUUUUUUUUUCCCAUAUGAUCGGGGCUGGAAUAAUACUUUGCUCAUGUUUCUGCUCGAGCAUUCCCUUAAAGCUCUUAUAUAGUUGCAGAAUUGAGGAAUAUCUCGUUUCUUAAUUAUUUUUUCUUCCUUUAGCGAAGGGAGAACAUUCAUCGCGUGCCAAUGUAGAGGAGAAACCAGAUUCGCGAUUCAAAAAGACGGAGGAAUGACUCAUAGUCACGGUUGUGAAUUAACCUCGUAAAUGCACGUUAAUUAGCUCCCCGCGUUCGCAUUGUGCACGAUUAUUUCGCGUCGACAGCAAUUGUUCUCGCAACGAAUCUCCUCAACGAAACCGCGCACAGAAGCCGCAGACAGGACAUUCUCGUGCAACGCACUACGCUUUCGUCCUUGUAAUUUCCCGCGUUAAUUAUUCAGAUUUAUGCGCGAAUCUACCGCGGUCACACAUAGACAUACACACGUACGCACGCAUUCACGCUAUGUACUUCCUCGCUUCGCAAAGUCCUCAAGGUUCAUACUCAUUCGGGAUCUAACUUGCUCUUUUGUAUGUGUACGUGUGACAGACUGUAAAUUUCCUCAAGAUAUAACAUACCACUAUCGCUGCAAACGUUUCUCGUCGUUCACGCGAAACCUGAACAGGUAAAACGCGCCGCAUUUAUGCGGCAGACCUUCCUGGUUUUCCGCUCGGUAUAUCAUGCGUUACGCCUUCGCGCGUUACGCAACAUAUUCGAUAACUCCUUUUCGUGACACAGAUUUAACGAGAGGAACUCCACGAGGGAGAACGUUCCAAGUUCCUUUUUCCGCGACGGGAAAUGCCAAAACCGCGGCCUGCACUGAAGAAAAGCAACAAAAAAAAGAGAAAAAAACGAAGAAAAAAGAAAAGGAUUUAUUCCUAAUCAAAAAAGAAAAUCCUGCCAUACCGCGUCUUCCACGAGAGAGACUAUGAACAUUAUCGUAAAAGUAGUCUAACGUUUAUUACGUACCUAUGUAAUCCGUAAGUUAAAUUAUUCGCUGUCCCGUGUAAGAAGCGAACGAGAGAAAGAGAGUGAGAGAAAGUUGUGUGUGUAUGUGUGAGAUGCAUCAACGAGUGGAAUUGAUGAUGUGCCGAACGAUAAGCGCAUGUAAUUCUCCAUGUACGUCAAAAUUUUCAUCCGCUCGUGGCAAGAGAUGGACAAUGCGCGCACGCGUGUAAUGCACUUUUUAACAUUCUGUAAAUAUAUAACUCUUUUAGUGACACUUUUAGGAUAAUUAUCCGGAGCGUGUCCGGACGGAGAAAUUACGAGGACGAAGAUGUGAGAUGAGAUGAAAUCUUUUCGCGACUCGUAUCGCCGUUGUCCUCCUCUUCUAUUAUUAAUCUUUAUCGGCGCUCUUCGAACUUAAGCGAAGCAUUUUCCUUUAUUUCAUUCGACGCGUACACUUUCAGGAGAGAAAGAGCAUCUUGCGACGCGAAACACGCUCAAGACAAGGUUUUGUAAACUACUAAAUGAAAACAAUUAUGCCGCGCACUCCACGAUGAAAGAUACACGGAGAGAAAGAGAAAGGGAGAAAAUCUCUCCGUCGAGACGACAGAUCCGCGCGCGUGCUUCCUCGCGAACGGAUGUCGUGGUCUGUAAAACAACAAAUGUACAUACCUACAUCGCACUAAUUUAGUAUUGCCACUAAGUAUUACAACUAGUCACAUAAGCCAAAAGUUUGUUACUCUCGCAGAAGUUUUCUUUUUUUCAGUUUUGUAAAAUAAAGGAAGAUGAUAAAAACACA